AUGUCUUCCAUCGUCAACAAGGUCAAGGAGGCUCUGCACCACGACAAGGACGAGUCCAAGCACACGACCGACAACAAGCACACCACGCACACCACCGAGCCCCGGACCGGCACCACCACCACCACCGGCGCGGGCAUCGGCUCCCACGACGGCUCUUACACCACCGGUGACAACUACGGCCUCGGCGGCAACAACCGCGGCACCGACGGCCCUGCCACCAGGACUGAUGGUCCCCACAGCAGCAACGUCGCCAACAAGGUAGACCCGCGCGUCGACUCUGACCGCGACCACAGCAAGAACCUCGGCGCCAACCCCCACGGCACCGCGACCACCGGCAGCCACUCCACGACGACCGGCACCACCACCGGUGCCACCUCUGGCUUCGGCGGCACGACGGGACACAGCACCACCACUGCCGGCCCUCACUCGUCCAACCUGGCCAACAAGACCGACCCCCGCGUCGACUCUGACCUCGACGGCAGCCGCAACCUGGGUGCCUCGUCUACCACGCACGGCACCAGCGGCCUGACCGGCACUACCGGCACCCACGGCACCGGCCACCACUCCGGCGGCUACGCUGCCGGCGCCGGCAACCCCCUCGGCACCGGCGCCGUUCCCGCUGCCCACCAGCAGGCCAGCCACGGCACCCACAACACCUCGGGCCUCGCGACCGGCACCGCCGCUGGCAUCGGCGCCGGUGCCGCCGGCCACCACGCCACCUCGGGCACCCACACCCACGGCGGCACCACCAUCGGUGACAACCGCGGCUUCGACGGCCCGGCCUCCAAGACCGACGGCCCGCACAGCAGCAACCUCGCCAACAAGAUCGACCCCCGUGUCGACUCUGACCGCGACCACAGCAAGAACCUCGGUGCCAACCCCCACGGCACUGCCACCACCGGCAACACCACCUCUACCUCUACCACCCACGGUACCAGCGGCAGCGGUGCCUUCUUCUCCGGCAGCGACAACACUACCCACGGCGCCACUGGCACUCACAGCACCGUUGGCAACACUGGCCUCGGCAGCACUGGCACCCAUGCCACCCACGGCUCGUCCGGUCUGACUGGCACUCAUGGCACCUCCGGCCUGACUGGCACCCACAACACCACUGGUACCUCGGGUCUCACCGGUACCACUGGUACUCACAGCACCACCUCUGGUGCUCCCGAGGGUACCUUCGGCCCCCAUGGCAGCCGCGUGGCCAACGCUGCCGACCCUCGCGUCGACUCUGACCGUGACAACCGCGGCAACAUUGGCGGAACUGGUGUCCACCAUUCUGGUGUUGCCGGCACCACUGGCACCCACGGCACCUCUGGCCUGACCGGCACUCACGGUACUACUGGCACCCACAACACUUCGGGCCUGACCGGCACUCACGGUACCACUGGCACUCACAACACCUCUGGCCUGACUGGUACUCACGGCACCACGGGCACCACCACCGGCGCCGCUGGCGGCCUCGCCGGCUCGACCCACCCCGGCCCGGCCCCCAACACUGCCGGUCCCCACAAGAGCGACAUGCUGAACAAGGUCGACCCCCGCGUCGACUCCGACCGCGACGGCAGCAAGACCCUCGGCGGCGACAAGACGUAUGCUCAGUCCUAA